UCAAUUCUCCGCUCGGAUUUUAUUGCUUGUUUUUUCGCCUAUACAUUCUAUUCUGAAUCGGUGGUUUGUGCAUUUAGAAUGGCUGAUUUUUGUUGUCUGUUCAUUGCUCGUUACCACUGCAUUUUCAGUUUUGGUCCUUGUGGAUCAAUAUCGUAGAUGAUAUAGAACUUUGACCUAAGAAUUAAACAUUGACUAAGCUGUAUUUCGCGGUGUUCAAUACCUGCUCCUGGGAUACAGUUCGUCAUCUAAAAAGUUGAUCUGCUUUUUGAGUUGCUGCGCAAAUAGCACGCGAUGAAUUGAGUCAGGCGAUUCUCUAACACUCCAGAGUGUGCUCAAUACCUGAACGUGUGUGUUCCUGGAUGAGAUGCACUACUUUCAUCUAUCUCUUUCGGCAGUAAUAUGCAAUGUUUUCUCUGAGAGUCUCCAAAACAUAUUUGAGAGGCCUCCCCCGAAGUGGAGUUAGUUGCAAACAGAGCAUGGGCUAGUUUGUUUAGGGCCGCAUAAGGUUUCUGAACUACACUGCGAUGAAAUUUUCGUGAAAUCGCAGUUGUAUUGUGAGCAAUGCCCGCGGCUGCCAUGGCGCCGCUGCUGCGCUUCACUGAUGUGCGUCCCUUUGUUUCCCAGGUUGGGGCAAGGUACGCCUCGCGGAUUUUGGCAGCAAGGCGCUAUGGUGACCAAGUGCGCCUGCGGGUUACCAAUCCGCUGCAGGAUGCUCGCAGCUGGACUGAAGCUCAUAGAUUAUGUAACGGGAAGGCAAGGAGCUUCUCUGCUGGUCCGGUGUCUGCCAGAGCUCUUGUGAAGCCAGUGGUAGCCGACGUAUGGGCCAAAGCAGAAUCAUGGGUGGUAUUUUCGGAUCUUCACUUGAGUCGACGCACAUGCGACAUCUGCCUCCAAGUUCUUCAAACUGUGCAUGCUGCUGCUGUUGCAAGGAAGGCAGGUGUUAUAUUUUUGGGAGACUUUUGGCAUUCAAGAGGUGCUCUACCCGUAGAGCUCUUGAAUAUGGCAAUUAUGGAGUUGCGAGUGUGGCAGUGUCCUGCUAUUUUCAUACCUGGCAACCACGAUCAGGUGAAUUUGGAGGGAUCAGUACAUGCUUUGCAAGUACUUGAAGCAGCCAACCCUUAUAUCAAAGUGAUCUCAAACCCAGUGGAGUACUUAGGCGCCCUAUGGCUACCAUUUCGUCGUGACCAUUUGCUCAUUGAGCAGGCUGUGCAACAGCAUGGGCAGAUAAACGCCAUUUUUGCUCACCUGGACAUUGUGGGAGCUUUUUUGAAUGAGGCAAAUCAAGCAAAGGAUGGGAUUGAGCCAUCCGUGUUUCCGCAAAAUGUACCUGUAUACACAGGCCAUUAUCACAAGCCGCAUGUGGUGAAAGGCUCUCGCAUCGAGUAUGUGGGAUCCCCAUAUCAAGUUUCAGCAGCUGAAUGCGACCAGCCGAAGCGUUUUCUCGUUCUUGAUAAGCAAUGGCAGAAAAUUGACGAAAUUCCAGUAAGUAUUGGCCCUAGGCACUUUGUUAUUACACAGGAUGAAAACUCUCCCUCUCAGAUCUUGGAGGGCGUUCGAGCAGGUGAUAGAGUGCGCUGGCAUCUCCCCUCAAGUACUUUAGAGGACUCUGUGAAAUUGGAAUUGGACGAACUUCAAGCAAGAGGAGUUUCCGUCGACACAAUUUUUCCGAUUGUUGCAUUUAAGCCACGGAUUAAAGAAGCUGUAAACCUUAGUGUCUUUGAUCUUUUUGAUCUGUACGCACAAAGCGUGGAAAUGAAUGACAAUGUGGUGAGAAUGGCUAAGGACAUGCUUCGCAGCCUGAACCUGCCCGCCAAGCUUAUACAAAGGCCUCAAGUCCGCUGUGAAUUAGAGCAUGUCGAAUUAGAGGGUUUUGGGGUGUUUCUGACCCCUGCGAAGUAUCCGCUCGCACAGAGAGGUGUACGGAUAGUCUCUGGAAAGAAUUUGGAUUCCAUGGGCGCUGACAGCAAUGGUGCUGGGAAAACCACACUUGUUAUGGCUCCCCUUUGGGCACUCACAGGUUCAACGGAUACACGACCAGAUUCAGUUCGGGGACUAUCUUCAGCUGAAGUGGUGCAUCAUGCUGCGAAGCGUGCGCGUGUUCGAGUUGAUGGGACAAUUAAUGGGAAAUCUUUUGCUGUGGAAAGAACAACUGGCAGGAGAGCCAGUCUCAAGUUCUUCUAUGAUGGAGAGGACUUGACUUGUCAAGAGAUGCGAAUGACACAGUCCCGUAUUGAUGAGAUCAUUCUUGUAGUGACACAUCCGUGCUUUAUCGGACAGUAUUUCAAGGACAGCAUGGAGGUGGAGAUUUGUUGGAAGCUUCCGACAAAGAGUUCAAGAUGCGUUGUGCAGGAAGAAUUAAGCAAAUUUAUGGCGAUGGAAGUCUGGAUGGCUGCAAAGGAACAAAGUUCUCAAGAACUUCGCAGUAAGAAGAUUGAGGUUGAGCAAUUUGCGGGUGCACUCGAACAGCUUCGCGGACAGUGUGAACAAUUGCAGAAGCAGGUGGACUCCUGCAUGCAGCGUUCACAAGAUUGGGAGAUUAGCAGGAGUAGCAAAGUUGUAAGCAUUGAGACAGAACUUAAGGCUGCCAAAGAGACACUUCAAGCCACAAAUGCAAGCUUUGCAACCACGUAUUUGCAGGUGUCAUCUACAAUGACUGCAUGGGAGAGUCGAAUGAAGGAGUUAGAGCAGACACUAAAAGAUGGAAUGGAGUCUUGGCCACUGUCUACACAGAACAUCGAAUUUCAACAAGAAAGAGGGAAUGUUCGUUUUGAGAAAUUGUUGCAAAAACAUGCAGAGCUUUCCCAGCAGGUUCGAAUGGUGGAAACCUCCUUCGAAAUGAAGGGGAAAGCCCUCGAAGCUUUUCAGAGAAAUGUGGCAACAUCUGUAGUUUGCGACAAAUGCUUGCAACCUAUCGAUGCAGCGCACUCCUCACAAAGCCUUUUACAGCUCAAAUCUGAGUUGACUACAAUCUCCGACCAACGUGAACAUGUUGUGAAGGAGCUUGAGAAUACUGAGUUAGAGCUGAAAAAGAUUCGGAAAAUAAUGGAGCAAGAGAAACUAGCUCGGGAGGCAGAAUCCGCGAAACAAAAACAAUUGCAAGAGGCCUUGAAGCAGUCCUCCACAAAUAUUCUAUCUCAGCUCAACCGUCUACGUCAACAUGUUUCAUCAGCUCAAAUGGUUCUAAACACUGCGGUCCCUCUUGUACGUGCAUCGAAUGAGGAUUCUUCCUGUACUGUCGAUGAAGUUGCAGAGGGUAAGUCUGAAGAAUUUGCAAGUCAAGAGCGCAGCUUUCUUGGCCAUAUUCUGAAACUUAAAACAGAUGUACAAUCGAGACUCUCUAUCGAGACCAGGAUCAAGGAACUUGAGAUGAACUAUCAUACAGUCAAAGGCGAGAGAAAUCGCUACGAGGCGGAGUAUGAUGUUCUUUCAUCCUUGUGCACGAAAGCUGGCAUUGAAUACCAGGAGAAGCAGACGCUUCUGAGUUCUCUGCGUGAGGAGGCUGGUUGGCUCAAAGAAAUUGAUAUCGCUUUUGGUCUUACUGGAGUUCAGAGUUACAUUCUGGAGGGCGCCCUAGCAGAUGUCCAAGAGAAAACAGCUUUUUACCUGGAAAUGCUAUCAGGUGGUUCUCUUGGCCUCCUGCUGCGACCAACAAGGAUGACCAAGAGUAGUAAAGUGACCGUGGAGGCAAUAGAUAAAGUUGCGGUGGUUCGUCUCUCCAACGGGAGUUUAGAGAACCGAUCUCUUCGCCAACUUAGUGGGGGUGAACGCAGGCGAAUGGCUUUGGCUCUGGCAUUAGGAUACUCACAGUUUGCUUCUCAACGAGGAGGAAUCCAGUGUAAUCUACUUGUUUUGGAUGAAGUUCUACAGCAUCUAGAUGGAGAGGGUCAAGCAAGGGUCGUGGCAAUGCUGAAAGGUUUACCACAGAGCUCGGUGUUGGUAGUGUCUCAAGCCCAUAGUCUGCUGGCUGGAACUUUUGACCUCGUGGACUGGGUCAUCAAGCAGCGUGAUACAGCCACCGUGGAGGUUGCUGAAGCAAGUGUACUUCGGGCCGUUUGAGCGUGAAACCGAUACGUAUGUACCGUGAACAUUCUGAUAUACCUUAGACAAUAUGGUCACAGAUAGCACAACAUAUCUAGAGAAAAAACCAGUAUAAUAUUGGUUCUAGAUGGACUUUCAUUAAUUUAUGUCGCAAGUGGUAUUAAACAUCACUUCAUCAUCUCAAUCUACCCAUGAUAAUUGACGUCCUAUUAAGUUUCAAUUAAUUAAGCAAUGGUUAUCAGA